UGCGCCUCAUUUUGUGUGGCUUGUCGGGAGAGGCGACUGUAGUAAACAGCAGCGAAAAGACAGCAGGCGUUAGCGUCUCGAAGUACAGACAAAAGACAUCUCCCUUUCGGCUGCGGUAAAGGCCGACUGUGUGGCUCGGUUGUCCGUCACCUUCUCGGCUCGUCACAUUGAUUGACGGCGUGGAAAAAAACAUCGUCGGGGCGUUAGCCAACCAGCUAGUUAGCUAGCCGAGCCACUUAGCCGUAGCAGCCGGAGCUCGUUUCAUUAGCAUUAGCAUCAGCAGCGGACGACGAGGAUGAUAGCGCUUAUCAACAAACUGCUGGACUGGUUCAAGGCGCUCUUCUGGAAGGAGGAGAUGGAGCUGACCCUGGUGGGGUUGCAGUACUCCGGGAAGACCACCUUCGUCAACGUCAUAGCGUCUGGCCAGUUCAGUGAAGACAUGAUUCCGACAGUGGGCUUCAACAUGAGGAAGAUCACUAAAGGCAACGUCACCAUCAAGCUGUGGGACAUUGGUGGACAGCCUCGUUUCAGAAGCAUGUGGGAGCGUUACUGCAGAGGAGUCAGCGCCAUCGUCUACAUGGUGGAUGCAGCUGAUCCGGAGAAGAUUGAAGCUUCUAAGAAUGAACUCCACAAUCUGUUAGACAAGCCUCAGCUUCAGGGAAUCCCUGUUCUGGUUCUGGGAAACAAGCGGGAUCUGCCAGGAGCUCUGGAUGAGAAGGAGCUCAUUGAGAGGAUGAACCUGUCAGCCAUCCAGGACAGAGAGAUCUGCUGCUACUCCAUUUCCUGCAAGGAGAAGGACAACAUCGACAUCACCCUCCAGUGGCUGAUCCAACACUCUCGGACCAAGAGGAGCUCCUGAGAGAAGACAUACCUCCCCAUCAGCCUGGCCACGCCCACUUGAUCAAGCCCCUCCUUCAUGAACAUGCCCCCCCCCCUCAUGUUUUAUCUUUGUUUACAUCUUCCAUAAACUACACUAGCCAUCAUGUGCCCUGCUCUGAUUGGUUGGUGGUGGCUUGAAGCAUUUUUUUUUUUAAUUUUGAGGCGGUGGGGUAGUGAUAGUUUUCUCUGGCUCCGCCCCCGACAUGCUCACACAUCAAACAGGAAGCAGUCACAAUUAGACCCCGCCGCCCCCAGCAAGAGAUGUAUUUAGCCAAGAACUAAUUGUGUUUCUGAAUUAACGAAUGGAGGUUUUUAUAAAGAAGAAGUGUCAUCACGGUGAAGAACAGACGAGGGACAUGAGGCUUCUUCAUGUCGCCUUCAUCACCUCAUCCUCCUCCUCAUCCGUCCAUCCGUCUUCAUCUUCCACACCCUCACAAGUUUCUCCUCUUCUUCCUCUCGUUUCUGGAUGUUUCCUUCCUGCUGCACCACAGAGCGCCCGCCCCCCUUCAAGUCUGGGCGGUGUGGCAAGGGCGUUUAAAAAAAAAAAAAAAAAAGAAA